AUGGAUUACGCCACACUCUUCAAAAAAUGUUGGUCAUCUAGACCUGAUCUGCGCCCUGCAUUGAACGAUAUUUUGUCUGAACUCGAGAGGUUAUCAAGAAAAAACCCUGUAGAAUUCAUUACAAAUGUUAUUGAUAAUGACGGAGAAGUUACACAGUUAAUGUCCAAUGCUUCAACUUACUCAAGAAACUCGAUUCUUUCGAAUGAUAAUGGAAUAUCUUUCGAAAAUGUUCCUAUACUAUCUGAAAAUGCAAGUACUUUAAUAGACUUAGGAGACUUGAUUCCUUCAAACGAUAACGGCCGACAAAGCACGCCUCUCGAAAACAUUUCUUCACAGAAAAAGAGGGGCCCUAAAGGUUACAAAAAAGAAACUAAUCCAAAUACAUUUAGAGCAACAAAUUUACAAAGCUUGGAUGAAGCAUUUUUACAAUUCUUAAGCAAGAAUUCUUUAGCAACAAAUUUGAAUAGAAAUUCUUUAAUAAAUGAAGAAAUUCCAUUUAGUAGAAGUUCUGCCAAGAAUCCCUCUAAUGACCAAC